GCCCUUUUAUGAUUUGUUAAUGUGAAAUACCUCUAAUCACUAGAAGUUAAUGGCUUCUUCUUCUUCUUCUUCUUCUUCUUCCACUACUCCUAAACUAAAGUACAAAGUUUUUCUUAGUUUCCGAGGUGAGGACACCCGGGAAAACUUUACCAGCCAUCUGUAUGCAGCAUUGCGUCAGCAAAAUAUUCCUACUUUUAUUGACGAUGAACUUAUCAGAGGAUAUCCAAUUUCUCACUCUCUUUCGAAUACAAUCGAACAAUCGAAGAUCUCGGUUGUCAUAUUCUCAGAAAAAUAUGCUUCUUCGAGAUGGUGUCUCAAAGAACUUGAAGAUAUUCUUGAGUGCAAUUGUCAGAUUGUAAUUCCAGUGUUUUAUCAUGUAGCUCCAUCUGACGUCAGGAAUCAAACUGGCAUUUUUGGGAGAGCAUUUUCUCAGCUUGAAGAACGUUUUAAGGAUGAUUCAGAGAAGUUGCAGAGAUGGAGGACUGCUUUAAGGAAUGCUGCCAACCUAUCUGGUUUUGAUUCAAAAAACUAUAGGCAGGAAUCAUCACUUGUAAAGGAUAUUGUCGAAGAUAUUUUGGAGAAAUUGAAUGAUGAGUGCUCAGAAAUUGACCAUAAGGACCUAGUUGGAUUGGAUUCAACAAUUAAUCAAAUUGAAAAUUUAUUAUGUACGUCUGGUGUUUGCAAGUUGGGAAUUUGGGGCAUUGGUGGCAUAGGUAAAACAACUCUUGCUUGUGCGGUAUUUAGAAAAAUUUGUAAAAAGUUUGAAGCUUAUUUCUUCGCAAGGAAUAUUAGAGAAGAAUCAGAAAAAAGUGGGGGAUUAAAUGACUUGCGCCAAUGGCUUAGCUCUGCAGUUUUAGGGAAUAAACAUCCCAAUACUGGAAUCACCUUGAAAAGAAAAAAGCUUGGCCGUGUUCUUAUUGUGUUUGAUGAUGUGACGAAAUUAGAACAAGUGGAAUAUUUAAUGGAAGAUUUUGACUACUUGGACUCAGAUAGUCGAAUAAUCAUAACAGCAAGGGAUGAACACGUACUAGAACAAUGUGGGGUGGAUCGCAUGCACAUACUCGAGAUGGAGGGAUUAUUUGGUGUUGACGCUUUUCAACUUUUUAGCCAAUAUGCCUUUGGAGAAAACAGUCCACCAGAAGAUUAUAUUGAGCUAUCAUUUAAAGUGGUAGAAUAUGCUGAAGGUAUUCCACUUGCUCUUAAAGUUUUAGGUUCCUUUCUAUUUGGGAGGACAAUACAAGAUUGGGAAAGUGCUCUAAAACAGUUGAAAAGAAUUCCUCAUCCGGAUAUCCAAAAUGCAUUAAAAGUAAGCUAUGAUGGGCUAAAUGAUGAACAACAGCAAAUAUUUUUAGAUAUUGCAUGUUUCUUUAAAGGGAUUGAAAGAGAUCUUAUAGAAGAAAUCUUGGAUGCUUGUGGCUUCACCUCAGGUUUUAAUAUAAAUGUUCUCAUUGAAAGGUCUCUCAUAACUACAUCAUUCAACACCAUCACAAUGCAUGAUUUACUUCAAGAUAUGGGACGAGAAAUUGUUCGUCAAGAAUCAGCUAAUAAUUAUGGAGAGCGUAGCCGGUUGUGGGGUCACGAGGAAAUCUAUUCAGUAUUGAAAUAUAAAACGGGGACAAGAGCUAUUCGAAGCAUAAGCUUGGAUAAGUCUAAAGCAAGAGAGAUACAUUUACAUCCUAAAGCUUUCAAGAACAUGUAUAACCUAAGGUUCUUGGAAGCCUACGGCUUCACGAGUGGUAACAAGGUAUAUGGUUUUGAAGACCUUAAAUCUGAUUUCUCUGAGCUAAGGUACCUUAGUUGGUUUAAAUAUUCUGCCGAAUCAUUGCCACGAAAUUUUAAUCCAGAGAACCUUGUUGCACUCUACAUGACUGAUGGCAAAGUUAAACGACUUUGGACUGGUGUCAAGAAUCUUAAUUAUUUGAAACAUAUUGACCUCAGUUACUCCGAGCAUCUACUCGAAAUGCCAAAUCUCUCAUUAUGUCCAAAUCUUGAGAGCUUGAUUCUACGUGGUUGUACAAAAUUGUAUGUUGAUUUCUCAUCUAUCCGUAAUCUCAAUAAGCUUGUCGUCUUGGAUCUACAAGAAUGUAAAAUCUGUGAAAGUCUUCCAAUCAACUCUGGUUGGAGAUCUCUUCGAAAACUUAUUCUCUCCAAGUGUUCGAAUCUCAAAACAGUUCCAUAUAUCCCCGAUACGGUACAACAGUUAUAUUUAAAUGGAACUGCAAUAAAAGAAUUGUCGUCAUUACAGCAUCUUUGCAGCUUAAAAAUAUUGAAUCUUGAAAAUUGUUCAAAGCUAGAGAGUUUCCCAGAGAGCAUUGGUGAGUCAAAGAAUCUUCGAAGAGUUAUUCUCUCCAAUUGUUCAAAGAUCGAAGCAGUUCCAUGCAUCCCUAAUAGUGUAGAAGAAUUAUACUUAGAUGGAACUGCAAUUGAAGAAUUGCCGCCAUUAAAGCAUCUGUCUAGGCUAGUAAUAUUGAGUCUUAAAAAUUGUUUAAGACUAGAGAAUCUCCCAGAGAGCAUUCGUGAGGUUAAAUCUCUUCAAUGUCUUUAUCUUUCGGGUUCUGCAAAAAUCAACAGGUUGCCUAAAGGCCUGGAAAAUUUAAAAGCACUGCAGGAACUUGAAGUGGAGGGAAUUGGUAUAACAGAUAUACCGUCGUUGCCUAUAACAUGUUUGAAAAACCUUAAGGCAUUAUCUUUCGCAAGAUGUAGUAUUCAGAAGCCACCGAAUUCCCUACUGUCAGAGUUACCGGCCUGCCACAAACUGAAGCGGCUAAAUCUGGAAGACUGUUUUAUCGAAAUACUACCCAGCAAUCUUAGCGACUUACGCUCACUGAGAUUUUUGUAUCUUGGGCGAAACCAUUUUGAGAGUCUACCAGAGAGUAUCAAAGACCUCUCUAAGUUGUAUAAGCUUGACGUAAGCUAUUGCCAGAGGCUGAAAUCCUUACCGGAACUUCCAGAUAAGUUACUACAUAUAGAAGCAAAGGGUUGCACAUCACUGGAAGCAUUAUCAGGUUUACCAACUCAAUGCCUAAGUAUGGGGACAGACGAAGAGGAAAUUAGCUUCAUCAAUUGUUGCAAUCUGAAACUAGAUUUGACUGAUGCUUUGCGGAAUAUUGAGAGAAAUGCAGAUGUAUGGUUUAGCUCUGAAGAAAACACAACAUGGCUGUCAAGGGGUAACCUGCCAAAGGCUUUUAUAUGUUACCCUGGAAGCGAAAUUCCAGAUUGGUUUGACUUUCCAAGUCAGAGUGGUUAUAUAGAGCUUCCAUCAGAUUGGCUCACUGAUGACUUAAUUGGUUUUUCUUUUUGCGCUGUUGCAUCAUUCCGAGACUAUGAAGAGGCUGAAGCUUUGCAAGUUCGUUGUUUUCUGGUUGUUAACGAGGAGAUCGUUUCCACUGGCUGUUUGUUUAAUAAUUAUGGGCAUGAGGUUAUUGAUACAGAUGAUGUUAUUGAAGCAGAUCAUGUAUUUUUAGGAUAUAAUUAUGAUAUCAUGGCCUUGGAAUUGCUUACUCACAGUUCGAAUAGCAAGGGCUACAUGGAGUUCUUUGUUGUGCAUGGAAGUAAGAAUAGCAGAAGGAAAACUAAGUUGAAAAAGUGUGGAGUCAGAUUGUUGUACGCUAAAGAUAAUUAUACGAGAACAGAUGGAAGAGUGGAAAGAGAGCAGAGAUUUCCAAAUAUAUAUGGGUGCUUGAGGUGCCAUCUCCAUUGCUGCGUGAAACAUGAAGAUAUGGACGAAAAUAUACCAUUUGAAACUUUAGAAAGCUGGUCCCCACAUUCAGGAAUAUACGAGCCACCAAUAAGAAGGGAAUAUUUAAACUAUAUCCAAUGCAAAUGGGUUGCACAAGCGGAACGGAAGCGCAUGGACUGGGCUAAAUGUAAAUGAAACUUGGAGGUUGAAAUCUUCUUACAGAAAAGGUGAUGUAACUCCAAACCCAUGAGCUUAUUAUACAAGGUUAUUGGAGCAAUUUGAUUGAUUCCCUUUUACUUUCCCAUGUCCCUCCGGUGGUAAAAUGAUGGCUGAUGCAUGUGCAAACUCAGAACAGCAGGUUUCUUCUUGCUUUGGAAGGAAACCCUCCACUGGAAAAAUCAAGGUUUUUUACUCGAUUUCUGGGCAUAAACGGAGGGAAUUUUUUUUAAAACAUAUAUGAAACUCAUGAAUUUAUCAGCCAGCCUUCAGCAAUUUAUAUUCAUGCCCUAUGCUCUGCAUUCUCCAUUCUGUUCAAGAAUCACGAAGUAGCUUUUUUUGGUAUGUUAGUCGUUGUGUUUUCAGACUGGCUUGAUCUCGUGCGAACAUGCGUGGACACAUGCUGUUUUAAUGUUUCUGGUGUUUGGUUUUCUGGACUGAACUGUGAAAUGAUGCUGAUUGCACUUUAAUAGUGUUUUAAGCCGCCAUUAUUCGAAUGUUUUGUUUUGUUUGAAA